AUGGUUGAGGCCACCUGCCCAUUCUGUGGCGUCACUAGUCCUGAACCUUUGGUGAUCGAAGCACAUGUCGAAGAGAAUCAUGCAGAGAACCUGGGUCUAUCUUCACAAAGACAUGGUCACGACGCAGUCGACCGUCGCUGCAAUGCUGUUGGACAAGAAUUUGCCUCCGAAGAUUGCCAAUUUAUAAAGUGCACACGCCCUGGAUGCGGCGAAUAUGUCCUGCUAGCAGACGUGGACGAGCAUAUGGCCGUACAUGAAUCAAUGACUGGAUCGGAUAACAGCACCAGCAUGCGAUCAGUGAGCGCGAAGACAGAAGAACAACUGGCUAAGAGUGACCCGGGUCGGCAAGCCAAGCUACAAAAGUCACGCAGCAGACGACCCAAACCCCAACCAGCCUCCUCUGCGCCAACACUGCUGGAAUAUUUCUCCGGUAGUUCUACGUUGGGGGGAUCCCAAAGCAAAAAGUCAAAAGUUGUACCACCUCCCGGCAGGUUAGGCAGGCGCGAGCUCGGCCCUCAUGCAUUCGAGAAGCGCAUGCCCGACCAAGUUCGGCGCCACUUGCUGGAAGACGGCAAGCCUCGUCACAUCAAUAAAAUCGGUGCAGACGGUAAGCUGAGUCGGCAAUCUGUAAUCGAAAAUGAAACUGCCGGGCUCAUACCGAUCCUCGCCAGUCUUUGUGCUCGCGACGCAGAGAAUGAAGUAACUUAUCUCUGUCACCCUGGCGUCAACCACAUCCAGGACAGCAUCGAGCAAGCGUGGGACGAUGGUAUCCUUGCUCAUGGACGCCGCGAGACGGGCGGAAUCAGUGGUACACGUAAGUGGAUAGGGACGUCUGAAGCAGCUGCGUACUUCACCCAGAUCGGCAUCAGCGUUGAAGCUCAUUCCUUCAAGGACGAGACCCAUGAGCUGGCUGUCGUGGGUCUGCUCGAUUUCGUGGAAGCACAUUUCAUCAGUGGCGUCGAGGCUAGCGAGAACCGUGGGAGCUCUCGGCUUACGCAGCGCUCGUCUCUGUACUUCCAGCGAUUCGGGCAUUCCAUGACCAUCGUUGGGUUGGAACGAAGGACUGAUGGCUCCAGAUCGUUGCUGGUGUUCGAUCCAUCGUUUGAGACUUCGGCUGGCAUGCUCAGUUUAGUGGCUGGACGACGUUCACGUGCGGAGCUCGAUACUCUACUCAAGGCUUAUCGCAAGACAGACCAGUCCCUUGCAAAGUGGGAAGAGUUUGAGAUUCUAGUACCAAGGAGCGAUGCUCCAUGA